UUUCCGAUGGAUCUUCUGCUCAAAUCCAGCCUUUUCGUUCUUUUGGGGUUCUUUAUCACUCUGGCUCCCAUGAAGGUAGAAAGUGGAGAUUGGGCUAACAUGCCUCGCAAUCGCAGGGCCCUAGUAGAGAGACAUGACUACACUAACUACGACUUUGUUGCAACAAUUCGCAUAGAUCAAUACAAGGAAGAGAAGAUAAUAUACUCUUUAACUGGUCCUGGUGCUGACCAAGAUCCAAAGGGCAGAUUUGCAGUUGACCGAAACACUGGCAUUGUUAAGGUCCAUUCCAUUCUGGACCGAGAGGAAAUUGCAGAAUAUCAUGUAAGCACACUUUAAAGUACUUUUGUUGUUUUUUUGAGAAAUGAAUGAAAUGGCGAAACAUCUUCUGCUCUUCUUUCAGCUUCUCGGUGUGGCAAAGUUUCCUGAUGGGACCCUUGCUGAAAAGGAUAUCGAACUUGUAAUUUGGGUCUUAGACAUUAAUGACUGCACUCCUGUUAUCAAGGCCCAGCAAGUUGGACAAGUCAGCGAGCACAGCAAACCGGGUACUGUAGUCAUGAAAGUCAUAGCUACAGAUGAUGAUGAUAACACCACUGUCAACGCCUGGAUCUCCUACAGAAUAGAUGAGAGAAGUAACAGUGGCGGGAUGUUCAACAUCAGCUCCCAAACAGGAGAGGUUAUGGUUGCAAAGACCACUCUAGAUAGAGAGACUAAUGACACAUACAAGUUGAUCAUUCUUGCUUCUGACUUGGGCGGCCAAGAAGGAGGAAACACAGGAACUGGUGAAAUAGAGAUUAAACUCACAGACAUAAAUGACAACAUUCCAACUCUGGCAAAAGAAACGUACGAGGGAAGCGUGGAGGAGAACACUGUUGGUGUUGAAGUCCUAAGGAUACAAGCAGUUGACCUGGAUAUGAUCAAUACAGAGAACUGGUUCGCCAUGUACGAGAUCGUUUCAGGAAAUGAAGGCGGUUAUUUCAAUAUCACAACUGAUAAAAAGACCAACGAGGGAGUCAUCACCAUAACUAAGGCUCUGGACUACGAGGAAAUAAAGGUGCUAAAUUUGGCAGUGAAGGUUAAAAAUGAAGCUGAGUACAACUUUGGCAGCAGCAUGUCGGCUACGGGAGCUUCUGGGUCAAAGUCGUAUCCCAUCAACAUAAAUGUCAUCAACCAGAAAGAGGGGGCCCGAUUUAAACCGAGUGUGAAAGUGGUGACUGUCUCUGAAGAUAAAACAUCCUUCUCUUUGGACAAAGUCAUAACAACCUACGCUGCUAUUGACAGUGACACUCUGAAGACUGCCACCGACGUGAGGUAUGUAAAGUUAAUUGAUAAAGACAACUGGUUUUCUAUUGAUGAAAAAACAGCUGAAAUCAGGUUGAAUAAAUAUCCUGACCGAGAGUCCAAGUAUUUGGUCAACGGAACAUACUAUGCUGAAAUUAUUUGCAUCUCCAAUGACAUUCCCUCAAAAACUGCAACAGGGACCAUAGCCAUUCAAGUGGAGGAUUUCAACAAUCACUGUCCAACACUGACCUCAACGACCCAAACCGUAUGCUUUGGUGAUAAUGUAGUUUACGUCACAGCAGAGGACAAUGAUGGGUUCCCCAACUCUGCACCAUUUACCUUUGAAGUGAUUCAAGGGGACAGCAAAGAGAAGUGGGAUUUGGAGACAUUUAAUAAAACCACAGUCCUUCUUCGACACCGAGGAAGCAUAUGGCCAGGCCUCUACAAAGUACCCCUGAAGAUCGAGGACCAGCAGGGAAAGUCCUGCUCUGAUCCUCAGAUAAUCAGCAUAAUGGUGUGCAAAUGCCAUGACAGCACCAAGGCCUGCUUGUCACGCAAUGAAAGCGUAACUUUUGGAGCUGGAGGUAUCCUGCUCAUGCUGCUGGGACUGUUGCUCCUUUUAUUGUUUCCUCUCCUUCUGCUCAUCUGUCGAAGCACGGCAAGAGAUUUUAAAGCUAUUUCCUUCGAGGCAAAAGAGCAUCUGAUCUCGUAUCACACCGAGGGAGAAGACAAUGUGCAAAGAGAUUUCAUGACAUCCCUGGUCUCCAAGUCCCAAUGUAGGUUGAUGGUGGCACAUUAAAGAUGGGGGACAUUAACAUGUCUUGAGGACAGAUAUACCAUGACAAUGUGGUUUGCUCACAGAUCACAGCAGAAGACGUGAACUUCAACACAUACAAUUAACAUUAUCUUGGAUUUUAAACUCAACUCGAGUCUCAUGAAUAAUCGUUAUCACAUGUAAAGCAUAAGUAUAGUUCAAAAUAAGGCUGUUAGUGUGGAUCAUUUGAGUAAAUAAAUAAAUGCAUGGCUAUGUAUGUCACAGGUUCUACUGAUAAGGUUAUGCUGAUAAAAUUCUGCCACAUGUUCAACAUAUGCCAAUAAAAGAAAUUAAAGCCA